CCCUUACACACACACACACACACAUGAUGGAGAGACCACAACGACCCACAACCCCAAACCAGGGUCACAACAGGAACAGAUCUCUGUCUCCAACACAAAGACCAGCUGGUGGAAACACAAUCAUAGAGGGUGAUCUGCAUGGUGAGACAAUGACGGUAACAGUGGAUCAGACAGAAGAUGGUCAUUUAGGCUUCAGCGUUCGUGGAGGAGCCGAGCACGGCCUCAACAUCUUUAUCAGCAAAGUGGAGUCCAACAGUGCUGCAGAGCAGGCAGGUCUAUGUGUUGGGGAUAAGCUCCUGGAGGUGAACGGUGUCAGUCUGGAGAACAUCAGCAUGAGCAGUGCUGUGAAAGUGCUGACCGGCCACCGUCGCCUCCGAUUGGUCCUCCAGAGAGUGGGGCGGGUCCCUGGGAUCAGAUACACCAAUGAGAAGACUACCUGGGUCGAUCUGAUCCACCGCAGGAUGGUGGUGGAGGAGGGGGACGUGUCUCUAUCAGACAGGCGCACAGACGGUGCUCUGUGUCGUACAGUUCACCUGAACACGUCUCUCUCUCAGCCCUGCCUCGGCCUCAACAUCCGCGGAGGAAGAGAGUACGGCUUGGGCAUCUAUGUUUCUAAGCUGGAUCCAGGAGGAUUGGCUGAGCAAGGAGGGAUUAAGAUGGGGGACCAGAUCCUGUCAGCCAAUGGGGUGAGAUUUGAGGAUAUCUCGCAUAGUAGAGCCGUGGAAGUCCUGAAGGGACAACGUCACCUCACACUGACUAUCAAGGAAACAGGAAGAUACCCAGUUUAUCAGGAGCUAGUGGCAGAGUACAGCUGGCGUGAUAAACGAGGCAGUAAAGGGUUCCGUUCCUUGUCACGGGGGUCGGAUUCGUCCUCCUCGGCCUCCUCUCUGUCCUCUGGAACCCCCCUCAGCUCUGUGGCUGGUCUGUCCCAGGCCACGCUGCCCCUCUCUCUGCCCCUCAGGUCCAGCUUCUCAGAGGGCCAGUUCCACACAGACCUCCUUGAAAAUGACUUCCACACUGAGACCAGUCUGAGCCGUGGCCCAACGGAGCUCCUGCAGGACUCGGCUAUACGUAACGACGGAGGAGCAGGAGGAGGAGGAGGGGGAGGAGGAGGAGGAAGAGUCGACCGAAGAGAGGGGAGGAAAACAUCUCUCCUGAUGGCACUAAGCCGACCUAGUCCACCCAUCCGCAGGACCCAAAGUCACAUGACCAUCUCAGAAGAAGAACAGAGGAAACAAAAGAAGCAGAAGGAAGGAAGAGAAGAAGGUGGGAUCUCUUUGCAGCGUUCCAAAACCUUCCUCGGCCUGUUUCGGAAGAGGAGCUCAUCUAGGGAGCGUUCCAAAUCACCAUCCCGAGCUGAGCUCCCCUAUGGUACGACGGGCAGCAGGUCAUCCGAUCUCCAAUCAUCAUCCGAGGAAGUUCUCACUCAAGUGGAGGAAAUGGCCACGAAGCUGCUGGAGGAGGAAGACGUAGCCGUGCUCAAGGAGAUCUGCAAGCGGUAUGUAGUGGAGCGUGAGUUGAAUUCUCUAGUGCGCCCCCUGCUGAGCAUCCUGGAUGGACCGGAGAAACUCCUGUUACUGAGGGAGAUCAGAAUGCUUGUUCCUAAGGAGGAUCUUCAGCAGUUUAACGACCAGGUCAAACUCUUCGAGGAGGAAGCCUACGACAUAUUAAAGACACGCUCUCGACGAUCUUCCCCUCUGCGCUCUCCCAAGGCAGGCCACGCCCCCAAGCGCCACCUCAUCACACCUGUACCAGACCAGCAGGGUGGAUUCGAGCUCCAGGCAGCCGAGGACGUGGAGAGACAGAAUCGGCUGCUGGAGCAGUUACAGCGUCUUCGCACGUCUCUGGCACAAGAUAAGACGGAGGAACCUACCCGAGUGUCCUUCACUCCUCUGCUGGAUAUCCCCGUAGACUCGUAUUCUCACCCAGAAUCCUUCAAACCUCCUAGAUCGUCUCCUAAAAUCCCAAACUGGCUACUGACUCAAGACUCGCUCUCUCCUCCUACCACGUCCCGCGAGCUCACACCAGAUCCGGAAAACGCCACCUUGAGAAGGGGGAGGUCCCCGUCUCGAAACGGACACUCGGAAAUCAAAGCUAAUAAGAAAGAAAAAGCAGGACAGGAUGUUUUCUUCGUAAACACCCCUCGUCACAGAAGGCCACUACUCUCUCAGGUUUUUGCUCCACUUAUGAGAACACAGAGCUCUGCAGCGCCCUCUGUGGGACAAGGUGAGGAAACCCAGGCUCAUGAGCGCCAUUGUGAUCAGGAGUACAAACUCCAAACCGUCUGCAUCAGCAAAACCAAGCAUUCUCUGGGGAUCAGUAUCUCAGGUGGUGUGGAGUCCAAAGUGCAGCCUGUGGUCAAAAUCGAGAAGAUAUUUCCAGGAGGCGCUGCGUCUACUAACAACAUGCUGAAGGCUGGCUUUGAGCUGGUGUCAGUAGAUGGCGUAUCUCUGCAGGGUAUCGCGCAUCAGGACGCAGUGGAAAUCAUUCGCCAAGCUUUCAGCAACAAACACACCGACCCCAUGGAGCUGGUGGUGAAGGUUCCUAAACACUCCUGA